AUGACUAGUGCGACCGUUCACCUUAGUGUUCCUGGAGAUUGGAAACUUUGGUACACUCAUAUGCUAGGAUAUGCAAAGGACAAGAAGGUAUCAGACUUCAUCAAUCUCGAUAAACCUGAUAUCUUCUCUGAACUAGAAGAACCCCUGGAACCAGAGUGUCCAGAAGAAGCCACCGCGGAGGCCAAGAUAGCAUAUGACAUCAAGGUCACUGCGUGGAAAAUCAAAUAUAUGAAAUAUGAGAAGAUGAAUGAAGGUAUGAUGAAGAUACGAGACAUCAUAUGGAGGACAGUGGAUGCCACGGAGCUACGGCAUCUAUUGAUGCAGGUUAUGCACAAGCUUGGGCUAAGGAUGUCUGAUGUGAUAAAGAUGCCAUUAUCUUUGAUAGAGUUAGUUAAGGACUUCAAGGAACAGUAUAGGGAAAUGGGUAUUCUCAAAGAAGAUAAAUCUAUGAACUUCGCUGCCUUUAAUGGAAGAUCUCAGCAAAAUACCUCAUCACCAGUGACAUUCAAAAACUGCAUCUGCGGAGCCUGUCACCGAUACACUCAGUGCUACUAUCUCAAUCCCUCAAGGAAGUCACCUGGAUGGGAGGAAAACAGGGAGAAGAGAACUCAGAUCAAUCAAGCUCUUAAGAAUCAAGAAUUGAAGAGACAUGUUGAUUGUGCGAUAUCUAGAGAUUCAUCUGCAAAUACAGAUAUGAUAGAUGGAGCAGUUCUGGGAGGAAUGAUUCUGAAGCAAUCAGAUCCUCAAUCUAUUGAUCUACAGAUCUGAAAAAUAUCAAUGAACUCUUCAAAUUCUUGCUCCUACCUCCGAAACUCCUGGAUCUUUGAUACUGGCGCGGAGCAGCAUAUAUGCAAUAAUUGAACA